CCUUUCCCUCCCCUCUCACUUCUCACUCACCCGCCAUCACCCCUCGCUUCGAGGGCCGCGCCACACACGAAGCCCGCGGUCGCCAUCGCCUCGCACGCAGCCUGGCAGCGCGUCUUUGACCCUCGCCUGCCGCGAUUGCCGCCGCCGCACGUACGUGAAUGACGCCCGACGCUGCUGCUGCUGCGCCGCCGCCGCCCACCCACUUCAAUUUCUCCCGUCCCGGUCGCGUGCGCUCUACCUGAGCGCGUUUCACCGCGGCCAGGCACAUCCGCAAACCGCCGCCUGCCCUUCGCGAGCGCAGCGACGCCACGAGUCUGCAUGGUCACAGCGACGGCCUACGGCGCGAGAUAUCAUGAGCCCGGCGCGGUGCACACGAUAGCAAGAGCGCCUCAUCGACACGAUGACUCGCACCCCGCCGGCCGUGAGUUUCGCUCAAUUCUUCCCUAACGCUGCCAAAGUCAGGGCCGAAGCCGACCGCCCUGGGCGCGGCCCCUCGGCCGCCGCUCCGUCGUCGUCGUGUGAGCCUCCUGCCGCGCUCAGCGCCGACGCGCCGACUGGCAUCGCGCGAGCCUCUCACGCCGCGUCCUCCUUGCCUGACGCACCACACACCCACGGCGACGACAUCGCCAACGACUCACCUACCGCCGAGAUACCAAGCACCGGCGGAUCCUCCACAUCCCACGCCAGCUCUGCUUCAUCCAUAUUUAGCGCCUCACUGAAGCCCCUCGCAAAUUCGCCUGCCUCUCACCUCGCUGCGAGCUUGCACAGGGAUUCGCUCUCACACUCCCCAGCCCCGCCACAAAAAUCAGACAUGCCCGUAUCCGCGUCCAUCGAGCGACCGGGGCAGGCCCAUCGCGAUGAUCGAUCCAUGCGCGGCGCUGAGUCCUCCCGUCAGACCGGCCCCCCGUCCGACGGGCGCAUACCUGCUCGAGACCCCCAACCAUCAGUCAAAGGCAUCAAGUGCACAUAUGACCCGAUCCUCGAUCGAGUACGCAACAAAAGCGUUAGCAAAAACGCCAAGCCGACUUACAAAGAAUUCGGAUUGGUACGUCCAUCUAUACAUACCCCCGGCAUGAAGGGGGGGCGUCACUGGCUGGGUCCCUGGAAUCUCACUCACAGCUAACGAUGUGGCAGGAUGAUGACGCCCCCCCUUCAGAUCCGCGGCUGGCCAAGGCUGGCGACCGGCUGGGUUACAUCAACACCGACUAUUACCUGCCCAAAGCACGCUUGCGCCAUGCCCCGGAGAAUCUCAGGCCGUAUCCCUACGACCCAAAGACGUCCAUCGGGCCGGGACCGCCUACGCAAAUUGUCGUUACCCGCUACAAUCCUCUUGUUCCGUUUACCAAGGUGACAACCGUUUUUGCCACGUUUGGUGACAUUGCCGAGAGCAGCAACAAGAUGCACCCUGAUACAGGCAGCUACCUGGGGUUUGCGACGAUCCGCUACCGAGACGGCAAACGACCGGGUCGGCCUCCCGUCACUGCCAUCGAUGCCGCUCGCCGUGCUGUUCGCGCGCGAGGGAUCAAGAUCGAUGCCGACAUCGUCAAGGUGGACUACGAUCCGGAAGGUCGCAAGAGCCGACGCAUGCUCGAGGAACACCUCAAGCGCGAGAGGGACAAGUUCAACCGAGAAAGGCCUCCGCAACAAGCCUCGUCCACUCCCAAGCCGCCACCCACGGGUCCAAAAACGUCGUCGGCCACUGCGCCCGCGCCUGCCUUUGUGCGGCCUCCUCCGACUGCGCCAAAGGGCCCUUCCGCGCAAAGGCAACCGCCGGCGUCUCAACAGCAGCCCACUAUCGCGGUGACGCCUCGGGGUGUCGAGCUGCACAGUAUUGCUCCCCAGGUCGCCGACCAACCUUAUAUCUUUGUCACCGCGGAGAGCGUCCCCGUCCUGCCAAGCAUCAUUCCUCACAUGAAGAAAAGGCUCAAGAAUUACGCGUUUGAGGAUAUACGGCUGGACAGGACUGGAUUCUACAUCGUCUUUCGCAACUCCUUCACGGGCAAGUCGGAGGCCGAACGAUGCUUCCGGGGUGCUAAUCACACUGAGUUUUUUACUUACGACAUGGCAAUGCAGCUUUGCUUGCCACGCCCGUCUGCUCGCUCUAUCGACCACUUGCAAAACCGAAGCCCGAGCCCUGACAGGAGUCAGCGGCCCGCAUAUCGACGACGAGACGACGAAGCGGCCAGACGGCGCCGAGAAGAGGAGGCCGACCUGGAAGAGGAAAAGAAGCAACGAGCCAAAAACUUCGAUCCUGUUAAUGAGGCUGUUGAGGUCGUGCGCAGGGAAAUGAUGGAGCAUCUCAUCCGCCACAUUCGCACACAAGUGGCAGCGCCUUGCUUGGCUGACUAUCUAGAUCCAGCCAACCACAUUGCUAAGAGAAGGAAGCUCAACCUUGAUCAGCCUGAAGAUGAAGAGGAGCUGGCUUUUGACGACGGCAACGCUAGUCCAAGAGUUGGGACACCUAAUUCCCGGACGGAUCCCAUCGAACGUCGCACAGGCGCCUUCGAAGCAAAACUGCUGCCCAGGAUCCGCAAGAACAAGAGCAAAGGGCAGGCCCACCGCAGCACAUUCGUUGAUCCCUUUUCAAGAAGUCGACCCUCUGUGGCCCGCGCUGCAUUUAGGUCUUUGCACCAUCGCCUCAAGAGCCUUGACAGCGACUUUGAAUCCGAUGACGAAACGGAUGCCGGAGCUUUGGUUGCCCGGGAUACCGAGGAACCCGAGUCGCGGCCUCGCAGUCGUAUGAGCACAGAUGAUGAGGCUUCCAAGGAUGACUUGGGGUCUUGGGGUCGACAGGAGGAUGACUCCAUGACGGAAGCCAGCCUAGCCGUUGCUGACGGCACGUUGUCGAAGAAGCGCAAGCUGGAAGACACCAUGGACACAGCCUUUAAGCGCCAAAUGAAGUCCGACGAGGAGCUUUUUGGUGUCAAGAUUGGUCGUCUUGAGACAGAAAUCAAUGGGCGAGCGACCUCGGAGGACGCAGGGUUCGACCUCGACAGCAGUGUAUCCCGCUCGGAGACGCCCGCUUCUCAGACCGCAAGGGGUCUGAAGAAGAAGCCUACCAAGCAGAAGAAGAAGACAAAGAAGCAGCUAUUCGAGGAGCGUGAAGCCUUGAAACGACAGCAGGACGUUGAGUCCCAGGCCGACGAAGACGAGGCGCCCACAUUACAAUCAAAGUUUGAGGGACAAGACCCCCCCGCGCCAGUCCCAGAGGCCAAGGUGGAAAAGCAUGACGACAGGUUCUUCUCCAUAGAAGCCCUGAUCCCAGCAUUGACGCUCCCCGAUGGCUUCAAACCUGAUAUCUCCUCGCUGCAGAGCCUGGCGCUAGGACUGAAAGAUCUGCCGGAUCUUGCAAGACUUCAGAGGAAAUUCGCGACGGCCGAUAUCGGUAACGCGGAACUGUGGCUCUGGAAACGCAACCGCAUCAGGGAGCUCAAUUCGUCCGACGGCUCAGUGGACCGACCAGUCUCUAUCGAGGGCUACUACGUGCCCAAUUCGACAGGUUGUGCUCGUACUGAGGGUGUGAAGAAGAUUCUUAAUUCCGAGAAAUCAAAGUAUCUUCCACACCACAUCAAGGUGCAGAAGGCUCGAGAGGAGCGCGAGGCCCGGUUCAAGAAGACGGGCAAGGACGCGAGCACGGCCGAGGCCGCCAGAUUGGCCGCGGAGAAGCUCAUUGCCAAGGGCAACUCUCGGGCUAACCGUGCCAGCAACCGACGAUACGUCGCGGAUCUAAACGAUCAGAAAAAGACUCUGGGUCAGGACUCGGACGUGUUCAAGUUCAACCAGCUUAAGAAGCGGAAGAAGCCCGUCAAGUUUGCCCGGUCUGCCAUCCAUAAUUGGGGUCUCUACGCCAUGGAGAAUAUCGCCAAAGACGACAUGAUUAUCGAGUAUGUUGGCGAGGAGGUGCGACAGCAGAUAUCAGAAAUCCGAGAGAAGCGCUAUCUUAAGAGUGGCAUUGGGAGCAGCUAUCUGUUCCGCAUCGACGACGACACGGUCGUUGACGCCACCAAGAAGGGGGGCAUUGCGCGAUUCAUCAACCACAGCUGCAUGCCGAAUUGCACGGCCAAGAUCAUCAAGGUCGAGGGCAGCAAGCGAAUCGUCAUCUAUGCCCUCCGUGAUAUCGCCUUGAAUGAGGAGUUGACCUACGACUACAAGUUUGAGCGAGAGAUUGGGAGCUUGGACCGCAUUCCCUGUCUCUGCGGCACCCCGGCCUGCAAGGGCUUUCUCAACUAAUAUUGCAUCUUUUCAGCGGUGACCCUGAUGGUGACAACGUCGGCUGCCCCUCCUCGGCGGCAUCGAAAUUUCGCAUAUGGUGCCUCGAGUAAUUGGACGUUGACGUGGCUUGCUUGCUUGCACCUUGCGAAGGAUCCCGUUCAGCGCAGAGCCACCUCGGACUGCCCCGUUGCUUCCAUCCCAUUGUAACCAUAAGUCGAGCGCAAGACGCGAUUUUGCAGGCGCACUGGUGUUUUAUGUUGCAGGAGGGAGGGGGAAGGAGGAGACUUUCGGGAGCGGCAAAAGCACCUAAAAGCGGAUUUGUCUCGGGUCUCUUUUUGCGGCGUUGAGGGAAGGGGCGCGGGUUGUUACCGGAGCAUGGGGGCUCGCAUGGACCCGAGCUCUCCCGGGCAUUGGGGAGUGGCAAUAGGCUUAUUUUCCACCCCCCUCCCCUUCUUAUGAUUUGGGCUUUGGUCUGAAAGCGGCAAUCAUCCCAUCUGGUGGAGCGGGGAGAGCAGCCAGGGAGCCGCCACUUUUACUCUUUCUUUUCUUACGCGGCGUUGCGGUUGUCUUGUACACAAGUAUACACGCCCAGCGCAAACAGCAAGGGUGUUUUGUCGCUCGUGGGCAGGGAGGACACUCGGUGGUGAAUGAUGAAUAGAGACGGAAACGAGGCCAGUCAGCAGAUACUAUGUUGUUAUCUCUGACGUGAAGUGACGGUUUUGAAUGUAUACUACCCCCACUAAUGCUGCUGCUGCGGCUUGGUCCAAAGGCUCCAAAAUAUAUAUUCC